AUGCCUCCACAGCAGCAAUACAAGUCAACACUUGAGGAAAUAGAGUACAUCAAGUACGCUUUUCCAAGACUCCUUAAGGAAAGACUCGGCUUCAUCAGAGUUUCUUCUCCAAUUUUCCUUGAAAAGUCAUCUGGCCUCAAUGAUGACUUAAAUGGUGUUGAAGAGAAGGUUUCCUUCACACACAAGGGCAAGGUUAUGGAAGUUGUCCAGUCAUUAGCUAAAUGGAAACGUGUUGCUCUUAAGAAAUACAACAUCAAAGCUUUAUAUGCUGAUAUGAACGCUAUCAGAAAGGAUGAGAACGUUGAUAAGACUCACUCAAUGUAUGUCGACCAAUGGGAUUGGGAAAUGGUUGAAGAACAAGGCCCAGAACAUGUUGUUGAAGUUGUCAACACAAUCCACUCCUGCAUUUACGAUUUAGAGACAGAACUUCUUAAGUUCAUGUAUCCAAACAUCUCUGAUGAGGAACUUGAAAAUAAGAAGAUUAUUCCAAAGACAAUCACAUUUAUCACUUCCGAAGCCUUACGUAAGAAGUAUCCAAACAUCUCAGCUAGAGAACGUGAGAACAAGAUCGCCAAACUUCAUAAGGCCGUCUUUAUCCAACAGAUUGGGAAGGAAUUAGGAGAUGGCUCUAUCCACGACUCAAGAGCUCCUGAUUAUGAUGAUUGGGAUAACAAUGGCGAUAUCAUCUACUGGAGUGACGCCUUAAACGAAUCUCUUGAAAUUUCUUCAAUGGGAUAUCGUGUUAACAAGGAUACAUUAGUUCCACAGCUCCAGAAGGUUCAUGCUGUUGACAGACUCGAGAACCCAUACUGCAAGAUGAUCAUGAACGAUGAACUUCCACAGACAAUUGGCGGUGGUAUUGGACAAAGCAGAUUAUGCAUGCUUUUGAUGCAAAGGAAGCAUAUCUCUGAAGUCCAGUCCGGCUACUGGGAUGAUCCAGUUGCUGAUGCUUUAUAA